AUGACAACACAAACCGUUGAAGUUGAACAUGUUGAAACACCUUAUCAUAAUACUCAAUGUUUAUCAUGUCCUCGUGUUUGUCAUGAAAAUUGUGGUUUAGAUUAUACAAUUAAUAUUGGUGAUAAUAUAUUUCGUGGUUGUGCUUGUAUGAAUGGUGAUUAUUGUCGUGAUUGUACACAUCAUUAUUCAAAACAUGUACAUGUUAAAUUUAAAUAUGUCAGUAAAACUACAACAGUUCCAUUAUUAACAGAUGAAGAAAAAAAAGAAAUGGAUUCUAUGACCGAUACUGAAUCCCAAAAACAAGCAUUAAUAACAAAAAUGAAUGAUAAAAUAACAUCUAUUGAAAACAGUGUCAAAGUAUUUAAAAAUGAAUUAACAAAAGCUCUUAAACAAUUAAAAGAUUUAUGUCCGUAUUAUGAUUAUAAAUUAGAAUUAAAUUGUGCUGUUAAACUUCUUGAAGAUGAAGAAUUAAUUGGUUCAAAACAUCAUGAUCCAGUUGAAUUAAAAACUUUAAAAACAUAUUUUACAGAAUUAAUGCAACAAUUUGAUCAAGCUGCUUCAUAA